CUUAAAAAAAAAAAAAAAAACAAAAAAAAAAACCGGUUCCGAAAGACGGAUGGCGGCCAAAGUCCUUUCUUCAAAACUACUCAAGAACCUCCGCUUCUUCACCAGACCACUCGUCACCUCCUCCUCCACCACCUCCUCCUCAGCCUCCUCCUCCCCCAUCUCCGCCAUCCCUUCCCUCAACUUGACUCAAAAACCCCUACCCACAGCUACCCUUCCAAAAUCACCACCAUCUAUCCUCGACCUCCAGGAUCACCAAAAACUAUUUGCCCCCUUGCCCACUAAAAAACUCUUGCAUGCUUCUCUUAUUCUUCACAUGGCUGCCAUGGAGCCGCUGGUUGAUUUCAGCAUCUGGGUUAUGAAUUCUAGGCUCAUGGGUAUGGAUAAUAGUAUACGUGAUCUUAUAUUGAGGGCCAUAAGGCAUAGUUUUUAUAAACAUUUUUGUGCUGGAGAGGAUACUGUGGAAGCAGCCAACUGUUUGAAGAGACUCAAUGAGUCUGGUUUAAGAGGAAUGCUUGAUUUUGCCGUGGAGUUUGCAAGUGAUAACGAUGCCUGUGAUCGAAAUUUUCAUGGGUUUCUCAGCACCGUUGAAGCUGCCAAGUCUCUCCCUCCAUCCACUGUGAGCUCAGUGGUUGUCAAGAUCACAGCAAUUUGCCCCCUCAACUUGCUUGAACGAGUUAGUGAUUUACUAAGGUGGCAACAAAAACACCCCUCUUUCAAUCUUCCAUGGAAACAGAAUACACUUCCAAUUUUUUCUGAUUCUAGCCCUUUAUAUCACACAGUCAAAAAACCAGAACCAUUAACCCCAGAAGAGGAGAAACAUCUUCUCUUAGGGCAGCAAAGGCUAUUGAAACUAUGUCAAGCAUGUGUGGAAGCCAAUGUUCCAUUAGUAAUCGAUGCAGAGCAUUCGACAGUUCAACCUGCCAUAGAUUACUUGACAUAUUCAUCAGCAAUUAAGUACAACAAAGAUGAUAAACCUAUUGUGUAUGGAACAAUUCAAGCCUACUUGAAAGAUGCAAAAGAGAGAUUGUUACUAGCAACUAAAGCUGCAGACAAGAUGAGAGUUUCUAUGGGAUUCAAGCUGGUGAGGGGUGCUUAUAUGUCAACUGAAAGAAAAUUAGCCUCUUCCCUAGGGUAUCAAUCUCCCAUUCAUAAUAACAUUCAGCAGACACAUUCUUGCUACAAUGACUGUGCUUCUUUCCUGCUCGAGGCGAUCACUAAUGGCUCGCAUGGAGUCAUUCUUGCAACCCAUAAUGUUCAGUCAGCGACACUGGCUGCAAAAAAAGCACAGGAUUUGGGAAUUGGGAAUGGGAAUCAAAAGCUUGAGUUUGCACAGGUAUAUGGAAUGGCAGAAGCACUUUCUUUCGGUUUAAGAAAUGCAGGUUUUCAAGUUAGCAAGUAUUUGCCAUUUGGACACGUUGAGAUUGUAAUGCCAUACCUUCUGAGGAGGGCUGAAGAAAAUAGGGGACUAUUAUCCGCUUCGGGCCUCGACAGAGUACUCACCAGGAAGGAGUUGUGCAGAAGGCUAAAAGCUGUUCUCUUCUGAGGUGAAGUGACCAAAGUCCAUGGCUUUGGGCAAGACCAGGGCCUGAAAUUUGGCAAUAUUGUUCGAUAAUAAAUUGUGUGUGGUUGAACUUUGUUUCUCGUUAAUAAGAACUUCCUAGUUUCAAAGUACUCUGAGUUCAUAGAAAUAUGAAAUAAUUAUCUUAA